AUGAGGUUACUAAUCGUACUAGUGCUAGCUGCGCAUUUUACGGUGUCAUAUUGUCAAGAUGAAAACACAUCAGAUAUAUUUGAACCGGCAUCGAUGGAUGAUGUUGAUGGACCAGCUGACUUUGUAGGACGAACAGAAGAGAUCAAUGAAGGAUCAGAUGCAUUUGGGGUAAGUACCGCCAUGUUGGAGCCAGAACCUACCACUGUCAGUUCUCCUAAACAUGAUGUAGAAGUUGAGAUUUCUAACGCUGAUCCGUAG